AGAAACACACGGUCUUUUCUCUGUGUAAUUAAAAUCGAACAUGCAAUAGUGAGAUAAAAUUGUAAUUCAAAGGUGUGCACGGAUUUAUAUGCUACACAUGACCGACUCCGUCAAAUGUCUGCAUGAGAAAAUGAGAGUUUAACAUCCCGGACGUACAGGUCAUAACAUAAGUUUUUUUUUUCAUCUUGGAUCAACAAUGGCCUUCAGUAAGGGAUAUCGCAUUUACCACAAGCUGGACCCACCCCCCUACAGUGUCAUAGUGGAAACUAGGACCAGGGAUGAAUGCCUCAUGUUUGAAUCUGGAGCUGUUGCUGUUCUGUCAUCAGCAGAGAAGGAAGCCAUUAAAAACACAUACACCAAGAUUGUUGAUGCAUAUGGAAUUCUGGGUGUCCUCCGCCUAAAUUUGGGUGACUCCAUGCUUCACAGUCUGGUGGUUGUGACAGGAUGCAGCUCUGUGGGGAAAGUGCAGGAUUCAGAGGUUUUCAGGGUCACUCAGACAGACUUUAUAUCACUGAAGAAUGAUCCAGGAGACGAGGACCGGAUUGCUGAGGUGCGAAAGGUCCUAAACUCAGGACACUUCUACUUCGCCUGGUCUGCCACUGGCGUCAGCAUGGACUUGAGUCUUAAUGCACAUCGCAGGAUCCUUGAAGACACUACAGAUAACCGCUUCUUUUGGAAUCAAUCUCUGCACCUACACCUGAAACAUUAUGGAGUAAACUGCGAUGACUGGCUGUUGAGGCUGAUGUGUGGCGGUGUGGAGAUCAGGACCAUCUAUGCAGGUCACAAACAGGCCAAGGCCUGUAUCUUCUCCCGCCUCAGCUCAGAGCGAGCUGGCACGCGAUUCAAUGUCCGAGGAACAAAUGAUGAUGGCCAGGUGGCCAACUUUGUGGAGACUGAACAGGUUAUUUUCCUGGAUGACAAAGUAUCAUCCUUCAUACAGAUCCGCGGGUCCAUUCCUCUUUUCUGGGAACAGCCAGGAAUCCAGGUUGGCUCUCAUCGUGUCAAACUCUCAAGGGGAUUUGAGGCAAAUGCGCCAGCGUUCGAGAGACACUUCACUGCACUGCGGAGGUUGUAUGGUAAACAGGUGAUCAUCAACCUGCUUGGGAGCAAGGAAGGGGAGCACAUGCUUUCCAAAGCAUUUCAGAGUCACCUGAAGGCAUCAGAGCACGUAACAGCAGUGAAAAUGGUGAACUUUGACUACCAUCAAAAUGUGAAGGGAGGCAAGACGGACAAACUUCACAGUGUCCUCAAACCCCAGCUGAGCAAAUUCAUAGACGAGUGUGGGUUCUUUUACUACUCUGGAGAGACGGGCAUCGCAAGGACUCAGGGCGGGACCAUCAGGACCAACUGCCUGGACUGUCUGGAUAGAACGAACAGUGUACAGGCCUUUUUUGCCCUCGAGAUGCUGCCAAAGCAACUGGAGGAAAUGAGCCUGACAGAGAAACCCCAGCUGGUAGCCAGGUUCCAGGAGGUUUUUAGGACCAUGUGGUCUGCCAAUGGAGACUCCAUCAGUAAGAUCUACGCAGGCACUGGUGCCCUGGAUGGCAAGGCCAAGGCGGGGAAGCUCAAAGAUGGAGCUCGUUCUGUGACCAGGACGAUCCAGAACAACUUCUUUGACAGUUCUAAGCAGGAGGCUAUUGACAUCCUGAGGCUGGGCUCCACACUCAACAGUGAUUUGGCGGACAAAGCUCGGGCCUUGCUCACCACUUCCAGUCUUUACGUCACUGAGCCCGUCUUACAAUCAGCCUCCCCAAGAGUAUUGCUGGGAAUGUGUCAGAACUUCCAAAAAUACACAAGGCCUAAGCAGAUCCGGGUGGGUGUUGGCACCUGGAACGUCAAUGGGGGUAAACAGUUUCGCAGCAUUGCUUUCCGCAACCAGACACUCAACGACUGGCUGUUGGAUGCUCCAAAGAAGGCAGGGAUUCCUGAGUUCCAGGACAGCAAAGCCAACCCCAUAGAUAUCUUUGCCAUUGGUUUUGAGGAAAUGGUUGAACUGAAUGCUGGCAACAUUGUCAGUGCCAGCACAACUAACCAGAAACUGUGGGCAGCUGAGCUCCAAAAAAACAUCUCACGGGACCACAAGUAUGUACUGCUUGCUUCAGAGCAGCUGGUGGGAGUGUGUCUGUUUGUUUUCAUCCGCCCACAGCAUGCACCCUUCAUCAGGGAUGUAGCUGUAGAUACUGUAAAGACUGGAAUGGGUGGGGCCACAGGCAAUAAAGGUGGUGUAGCCAUCCGCCUGCUCUUCCACACCACCAGCAUCUGCUUCGUCUGCUCCCACUUUGCUGCCGGCCAGUCACAGGUCAAGGAGAGGAAUGACGACUACAGUGAGAUCACACGUAGACUCAGCUUCCCCAUGGGUCGUCUGCUAGACUCACACGAUUACGUGUUCUGGUGUGGAGACUUUAACUAUCGUAUCAGCCUGCCCAAUGAGGAAGUAAAAGAUCUCAUUAAACAGCAGAACUGGGAUGCCUUGACAGCUGGGGACCAACUGUUGGACCAGAAGAAUGCUGGUUUGGUCUUCCGAGGUUUUAUCGAGGGAAAGUUAGAUUUUGCUCCCACCUACAAGUAUGACCUCUUCUCAGAGGAUUAUGACACCAGCGAGAAGUGCCGCACACCUGCCUGGACUGACCGCAUACUGUGGAAGAGGAGAAAGUGGAACUUUGACAAAACAGCUGAGGAGAUGAAUGUAGUAGGUGCAGCUUCUACAUCUGCAGAGAAUGAGGAUGAUCCAGACCACCCAUGGAGCCCCGGGACUCUGAAGUACUAUGGCAGAGCUGAGCUCAAGACCUCAGACCAUAGGCCCGUGGUGGCAGUAAUAGACGUGGACAUCCUGGAGGUUGACCCAGAGGCUCGGCACCAGGUCUACAAAGAUGUCAUUGCAUUGCAGGGGCCUCCUGAUGGCACCAUCCUGGUGUCACUCUGCACCUCUGGCCCUGAGGACUACUUUGACGAUGCACUCAUAGACGAGCUGCUGGAUAAAUUUGCUAAUUUUGGAGAGGUCAUCCUCAUCAGGUUUGUUGAGGAGAAGAUGUGGGUGACCUUCCUCGAAGGUUACUCUGCUCUUGCUGCUCUGUCUCUCAGUGCUUCUACUGUCCUUGGCAAGGUGAUUGACAUCCGUCUGAAGAGUCCAGGCUGGAUCAAGAGUCUGGAGGAGGAGAUGAGCGUAGAGCGGAUCUGUGGAAGCAUCCCCACCUCAGCCAGCUCCACUCUACUUGCUGAGGACACAGACAUGGGCGACGAUGAUUACGAUAUGGAAGGUGAUGUGGAUGAGGAAGUGGAGGAGAUCCUUCCGCAGCACCUGCAGCCUGGAGCAGGCUCUGGCCCUGGAUCCUCUCCUCUCCCCUCCCCCCGCAGCAGCCCCUGUCCCUCCCCGACCCACGGAGAACCCACAGCACCCAGCAGGCCUAGUCGUGCACCACAACCCUCCCGACCAUCACAAGAUUUAAGUCCAUCAUCAUUGAGGAGAGAAAUCCCAGGGCCUCCUGUUGACUUCCAGCCGGGUGCCCCCACCUCUCAAAGCCUGGAGCCCAAACGCCCGCCUCCCCCUCGUCCCAAUGCUCCCCCAGCCAGACCAGCACCCCCUCAACGCCCACCACCACCUUCAGGACCAAAAAGUCCUGCUCUCUCUCGUCCAGAUGCUGCUGCAGGUCGAGGCCAAGCAGCAGCAGGAGCUCCUGGACCUGGAGGUGCUUCCAGACCGAAUAUCCCUCCUCGAGCCGGGGUGAUCAGUAUGCCCCCACAGUCUCGCCCACCGCCUCCCUCUCACCCUGGAGCACCCAGACCUAUCCCAGAAGUGCAUCCCGGGGCCCCUCGGCCCAUCCCAGACACCCAUCCCGGAGCCCCGCGACCUGUGCCCAGUGCCCAGGCCAAACCGACUGACCUGCCUCUGGGUCCUCCACCCUCAGGACCACCUCCUACAGGGCCCCCGGCAGGGAGACCCCAGGUUCCAUCACCAAUGCAGCCGCCCAUGCAGCCCCAUCCUGCUGCCCCACCACCUCAGUCCCAACUCCCACCACCAAUGCAGCCCACACUCCCACUACCCCUCCAACCACAGCAAGCUGCAGCUCCUAAAGCAGGGCCUCCUCCUCCUGCUGUCGCCGCUGCUGCCGCCCCCCCUGCUGGUCCUCCGCAGGGUUUAGCCUCUCCUAAACCCCCGCCACGUUCCCGCUCUUCUCACGCUCUGCCGCCUGAUGCUGCCAAGUCUGAUACAGCUCCAGCUGCACAGACUAAUGGACUGAAUGGAAUCCAAAGAGAAGCACAAUGGAAGCCCGAUCCUUUCGACACACUUGCAUCUGAUUUCCUCUCCUCUUCCUCAUCCUCAUCCUCCUGGCACACCACCCAGUCCCUGACCAGAGGCUCCUCUCUGCGUGCUCCCCCCACUGUCCCUCCGUCUGCGUUUUCCUCCAGCACUCUCCCUUCAUCCUUCUCCCACCAGUCCUCCGCUCUGUCAGACCUACAAGCACUCGAGUCAUCCUCGUCCUCCUCACUCUCCACCCCAUCACCGUUCGCCUCCUCCCUGCUCCCGCCCCCUCCGGUCCCAUCUCGUAGUCGCUCGCAGGAGACGCUCCGUGCCUCCCCUAACCCCUUCCCGACUGACCCGCUUCCUGCCCGGCCCAGCAGCACCAAUCCCUUCACUGGCCCACUUGCACAGCAGCAUCAGCAACACCGCUCGCUCACCCCGGACUUCACCGUCCAGCAUCCUGGCCCAACGGCAAACCUUCAGAGGACCAUGUCUGCUCUUACUCCGCCGCUCAUCCCCAUCCCUGCUGCAGCACCCACCUCCCAGCUCCCAAGGACCAUGUCCCUGUUUGGACCAUCAUCCACUCUCAAUCCUACACCUGCUCCUCUGCUCCCCCUCGCCCCUGAGCCGUCUCCUGUUCCCGCCUUGCCUCUGGCACCGCCCUCGUCCAUUCCGCCUGCCCUAGCGAAACGAUCCCAGCCGCCUCCCCCAGCAGGGAAACUGACCCAGCAGUGGGUCACUUUCGAUGAUGAUUUUCCACCUACAACCAAAACGCAACAGACCCCUUUCUUCCCUUCUAAUUCUCUGGUUCCCCAAACUCAGACUCAGCCUUCCCGCUCUGUGUUUGACUCAGAGCCCGACUGGUUAUCCGCGACACCUUCAGUAUUCCCGACCCUCCCUCCUCCCAUCCCAACUAGAACUGCAACCGGUAACCCAAAACUCCCAGAGGGACCCAUUGACGACUGCUUCUUCCCCAGGGACUCGACUGAAAGAUAGGAUCACCCUCAGUAUACAAAGGGCAUAUCCAGAUAUGUAUAGAUCUAUGAAAAAUGUGUAUAUGUGUGUGUGUAUGUACAAAAGAGACAGUAUUUAAGAAGUAUAGACCAAUCCCCUUCUGAGUCACAGGAAAGGAUUUAUAUCUCGAGCAGUAACAUGAGAAGUGUAUGAGCCUAAAUGUGUGUCCUAACUUUACCACAGAGAUAUUUGCUUGUUCCCUGAUAUUAACAUUUAUUUUAAUAUGGAUUGUUCUGAUGUUUAUUUUUAUUUAUGGCAGCAAACGUGCCUGUGUCUACAGUAUACAGUUAUACAAAGUAUAUCUACACGCACAAGUCAUGUGUGUAAGCACCUGUGCAAUAUCAAGACACGCCUGUGUGGCCGUGCAGCACUCUGCAUUCGCCUGCGAGGUUUCACCUAAAUCAGUGUUACCUUCGCAUUUGCAACAUUCGCUAACACACUGCGGUUCAUAUCUCUCAUUUUGACUGCUCUGUACAUUAGAGCGGGAUUCUCAGAGUUGGCGAUCUUCUACUAUCUCGGUUUUGUCAUGUAGUAGAAGGCUAUGCACUGCAAGUUUUACAUUUGCCCCCAGAGAUUGCUUUGAUUUGCAAAGAGUUAAUUGUACGUUUUUUUUCCUGUUGUUUUGGGUCUGAGGGGUGCAAAGUUAAGUCAUAUUGUGUGCUUUUUUUUAUCAUGAAUGUAUGUUGCACUGGGUUUUGUCAUUGCCUCCUUGCUGACACCACAGUGUGAACAACAACAGCAGCAGCAUGAGUCAGUGUCAUAGUCAGUCAAACUGUUCACUGCCGCAGGACUGAUGCUCUGUAAUAUCAUCUCUUCCACUUGACAGUAAGACAUUUUGUUCUUUCUCUUUCCAGUCUCUGUCUAUGGGCUGUUAACGCUUUGCUGAAUAUAUUUUGUAGCUCUAUAUCAAAAUCUAUACAUAGUGAUUAUGUAUAAAUGUAUGUUUUCAAUAUGGAAACUACUCGCUAAAUGUGCGUACGCGUGUUUGUGAUAACCGUGUCAGUGGUUUGCACAAUGUUAACUGAUAUGCACUGAAAUGCUGUAUGUGCUCUCUUGGUUGUAUUCUUGUUGAUGGCAGGGCAACAAAAAAACGAGAGCCUACGGACUGAGCAGAUGAGAGGGCUUUUUGACCUUUCCACCUCUGUAGUGUUUUGAUCCUUCUUGAUUUAUCCAAAGCAUCAAACCAUACUAUUGUAAAUUCAGAGUGCGUGGUGCGUUUGUGCGUGCGUGUGUUCUUCUGUUACUCUUGAGUACGAAGAAUAAUUGUGACUUGAGUUUGUGGGCAUGGCAUCGAAGACAUGCCAUGAAUAAAAAUAAUAAGAGGGCACAUUUUUUCUUACUUUGAAUUUGUUUACUGCAAAGGUCAUGCUUUUAAUUUCCAAGAACAUUUACUCUAAAUAAUCUAUUGUUGAUACUGUGGUGAGAAGUAAUGUGUCGUAUUUGAGGUGCAUUUCGUCCGUCGUCGUGUUUGAUGUUUGGAUGUGAGUGUGUGUACAGAGUUAACAGUGGAAUACCAGAGCCCCCCUGCCCCAGGAAGUCCUCUCUUUUUAAGUACACACAGUGUAUUUGCUUACAGGUCCUGAACUAACAGCCACUGUAUUCACUCACUCACUCAUGGCUGAAACUGUAUUUCUGCUCUCCAGCCUGCCAAGGGCUGAGGAGAGGCAUCACUGUAUGCGAAAAAUGUUAACAAUACAAGACAAAGGAUUUUUUUCUUUCUCAAAGCACUCGCCAUCUGAGCGAGAAGUCCCCUGUAGCAACACUAGGGAAGAUCAUUCACCACUUUGACUAGAAAUACAGACUCAACUUCACUGUAAGCUUGGACCUGAAUGCACCACCAGAUAACAUUUUCAGCUGGCCAGUUGUUGUGUCACAUUCCAGACAGUAGUGAGAUUUGGGUGUCAAAGUUCUCAGCGUUUGCAGAUCCACCUGUGAUAUCUAACCCAUAGUCGUUUCCUCCAUUUGAGAGUAACUUGUUAUUGAGCCUCACUGAUUUCUCAACCAAUCUUAAAGGUGUGUGUGUGGUGCUGUCAGAAGUGAUGUGUAUGUAUUUUCUCCUGUACUACCUACUUCACUCUUUCACUGCUGUUGAGUUUUAUAGGUCAGCAUCAGUGUUGACAAUGACGACAAAGCAAUAGUUUUGCUAAAGGAUCAGUGAGAGUACAAUCCUUCAGAACAGGACACAUGCCAGCUGUUGUAGACUAAUCAGAUGUGGUCCCUUCCCCUCAGCCUCCACAAAUUACGUAAUAGGCUAAAAUGUCUUAAAAGCAUUUUGAUGGUUCAUGGAGGAUAAAACAUGUGAACCAAGAAAGUACCAGCUAAAGUAACGCUUUUGCGCUCUGUUUAAACAUAUGAAUAUGAGUAGAAACUGUAUCUGCAUUAACAGUAGGUGAACUAGCCAGCGCUUUGUGUCAUGUCAUGUUCCAGAAGAGAUUUUAUAGGAAACAAAUUGCUCCUUUUUGUGAGGUCAGUGUCCCUUUUUAUGGCUAUAACCCAUAGUAAAUAAGAGUCUGUGUUGUUGAACAUAUUCUGUACGUAUUAAAGAGAAAACAUGAAGCUGCGAUUCAUGUUAAUAUCCAAUGUUCCAUAUUUUAAGUGCACAGCUGAUUGCACAUUUAUGUAUGAAGCAGUUUAUGUUGUAUGUAUGCAAAAAUAAAUGUAUGUUUACCUGA